CCUGUGGCAAGUGGGGGCUGACAGGCGGAGCGGCUCAGUCCACACGCGAACCUGCUGAAGGCCGCCGGAGCCGUGCGUUGUAAAUUAUGUACAUAAGUUACUGACUGAUAUAUUCGGGCCAACGCGUGAAUGUUCCGGCCGCGCAGCGAGGCUGGAAAUCGGUGAAGCAAACGGCCCGAGCGUCGCUGGGACUGGAACACACGUCCGCCAAGUGCCCCGCGCCCGUCUCCCCGCACGCACGCCGGCCGAGGCUCGACGGCUCCGCUGGGGAUCCUCCACACCGACUCCACCGCGAGAGAGAGAGAGAGAGCGAAGCCCGGAUGAGAUUUAACGAGGAAAACAAACGGACGGGUGUUUUUUUUCUCUCCGACGGGUUUAUUUUUGUAAAUGUAUUUUUUAUCCGUAUCCGCGGGUGUGGAGUCUUUUCGUAGACAGAACGCUCGCUGUAAAUCUAACGUUUGUAAAUAGCUGUAGGAAUAAAGAAGUGAGUUGUCCGUAGCUGUCUGCGCUCACCGGCUUUUUUUAAUUUUUAAUUUUUAAAUACAUCUCCGGACCGCCCAGCUACCAUGUUGCAUCGGGGGUUCACUUGAAGAUUUUCACACAACAGUUUGAAAGAAAAAACGCUGCAGCUCCCCCAACAGAUAAAACUCCUGGUCGGGUGUGUAUUUGUAAGAGCUGGGAGACGUGUGGUUCUCUUUGAUUAGUGCUGCAUCUAAGUGGGCUCUGAAGAAAAUGUAGGAAAUGGUGAGGAGGAAAGUGAGGACAGAAGCUAUUAUCCUGCAGCUGUGGUCUCACCCUUCUGUUUCUACGGUAAAUCAUCAAAGAAGAGGAGAGAGAGAAAAAGGAGAAGGGUCAGUAGUUUGACCAGGGGAAGGCUUCCGGCAUUUACAGCACUGGAAGGACUGCCUGAGAGACUAGAAGGGGUGAGUGUGUGACCACAGAAGGAGAGAGACGGGGACUGACGGAGGAGCAAAGGUUUGGAGGAGGCGGAGGAGGAGGUCCAGGAGGGGUGGGAAAGGCCCUUCCCCAUGGCUACUGACCCAGGAGAGCCCACAGGCACUGAGGACUCCUCAGAGAAACCUGAUGGACAGAGGAAAGAGGACACGGAGCGGGAGGGCCGGGACAACCAACAGUGGGAGAGGACACAGAGCAACCCGUCAGACCUCUCCUCCUCCCAGACUCCAGGGAGGAGAGCGGCAGGAGUAGAUGAUGGAGGGAUCCAAGGAGGAGGAGGACAAGGGGAAGCCAGCAAGGAGAGGGAGGAGACCAUGCUCAAACCGAUUUCACUCGCCACGCGCUCCUUGUCAGUCGACACUGGUCAGAAACAACUGAGGAGGGAGAAGCGCUUUUUCAGGAAGAGCGUUGAGAUUUGUGAGGAGGACGAUGACCUGGAGGUGACCCCUGAAGCUACCCACAGUGCCCCACACCUGGAGCUGCGUUCCUCCGACUCGGUCUUCACCAGCAGUGCCCAACAGCAGGGGGCUGAUUCGACCUGCGCUGCUCUCGGCAACGACCCAUCUUGCGCCAGCUCCAGCCAGGAGCCUGGAAAGGAUGUUCUUUCGUCCACAGCCAUCCAGAGGGGGAAGGAAAGGGACCGCGAGCUGGAGGAGGAGGCCGAGAUGAAGGCUGUGGCCACCUCUCCUGGAGGAAGGUUCCUCAAGUUUGACAUAGAACUGGGAAGAGGAGCCUUCAAAACUGUUUAUAAAGGCCUGGACACCGAGACCUGGGUGGAGGUGGCUUGGUGUGAACUCCAGGACCGCAAACUGACCAAGGCGGAGCAGCAACGCUUCAAGGAGGAGGCCGAGAUGCUGAAGGGGCUUCAGCACCCCAACAUUGUCCGCUUCUAUGAUUCCUGGGAGUCUGUGCUGCGCGGCAAGAAGUGCAUUGUACUGGUCACUGAACUCAUGACUUCAGGAACACUCAAAACGUACCUUAAGCGCUUUAAGGUGAUGAAACCCAAGGUCCUGAGGAGUUGGUGCAGGCAAAUUCUGAAGGGCCUUCACUUCCUUCACACCAGGACUCCUCCAAUCGUCCACCGGGACCUCAAAUGUGACAACAUCUUCAUAACGGGCCCCACAGGAUCAGUCAAGAUAGGUGACCUCGGACUGGCCACUCUGAUGAGGACCUCCUUUGCCAAGAGUGUCAUAGGAACGCCUGAGUUCAUGGCUCCAGAGAUGUAUGAGGAGCACUAUGAUGAGUCUGUGGAUGUUUACGCCUUUGGGAUGUGCAUGCUGGAGAUGGCGACGUCAGAGUAUCCCUACUCUGAGUGCCAAAACGCAGCUCAGAUCUAUCGCAAAGUCACAAGCGGUAUAAAGCCAGCCAGCUUUGAUAAAGUGAACGAACCAGAGAUAAAAGAUAUCAUCGAAUGCUGCAUUCGUCAGAACAAGAGCCAGCGACUGUCCGUCAGAGACCUCCUGAACCACUCGUUCUUCGGGGAGGACACAGGGGUCCGAGUGGAGCUGGCAGAGGAGGACACAGGCACCCAGGACUGUUUGGCUCUCCGGAUUUGGGUUGAAGAACCGAAGAAGCUCAAGGGGAAGCACAAAGACAAUGAGGCCAUUGAGUUCAGCUAUGACCUGGAGAAUGAUAGCGCUGAGGAGGUGGCUCUAGAGAUGGUGAAGUCCGGUUUCUUCCACGAGAGCGAUGCCAAAGUGGUGGGAAAAUCCAUAAGGGAUCGAGUGAGUCAGAUCAAAAAGUCACGGGAGCGUCGACAACAGCAGCAGCUCCUCCUGCAGAACCAGGGCUUUGAGGAAAGGAGGGACUCCACUCUCACCUCCCACACCUUUUCUCAUCCACCCUGCUCCUCCACACUGGGGCCAGGGGCAGCUGGACAAACAGGAGGGGGAGCAGGAGGAGGAGGAGGAGGAGGAGGAGGGCAGGAGUCAGAGGAGCUGCCUGAAGUGGACCAACAUGUCAGACAGCAGCAUAUAUUCAGUGGGACAACCCUUAGUCUGCCAGAAGGUGAGAGCAUUGGAUCUGCCAGUUGUGAAUCGCAUGCAAGUGGACAGAGCCAGGCGUACUCUCAGCAAGGGGAAUCAUACACCCACUCCCAAACGGCUGUCCCCCUUACAACAUCUAUGCUCCCCACUGGUGAGAGUGGAAACUUUCCCGGUGUACCACUUGGUCAGAGUGUUGGUAUGUCCACCAUGCCCAUAGGCCAAAGUGGAGGCGGGCCUGUUGGUCAGACUUUUCUUCAGCCCACUACCAUGGUUCCACAGGUAUCACCAAGUGUACCUCAACAAUAUUUUCAGGAUGGCCCAUACCUGUCAAGUAUAGAACAUCAUUCUUCUGCAGGGUAUGUUCCAGCUAAUGGAGAGGAAACUCUUCAGUUCUUGGCCAAUGGUAAAUUAGAGAAAUUGAAAACUCAGAGAAGAGCUUCCGGUCAGAGGCCUGAGAAAGUUUCACAUCAGUUUCAACUGAGCAUGCUCCAGGUGUCCAGCAGUGGGGACAAUAUGGUGGAAUGCCAGUUGGAGACCCAUAGCAACAAGAUGGUGACAUUUAAGUUUGACAUUGAAGGGGAUGCACCUGAGGACAUAACAGAUUACAUGGUGGAGGAGGACUUUGUUCAAGAUGUGGAGAAAGAGCAAUUUGUUGAGGAGCUUAGAACAAUAGUUAAGAAAGCCCACGAAUUUCUUCAAACACAUUCGCAGACUGGAUCGACUGAGCAUCUUCAUGUGGGCACCCCCCCCAACACGGACUCAGCGCCUCAUUCCUCCCCAGUGGGCCGCUGGCGCUUUUUUAUCAACCAGACCAUCCGCCAUAGAGACUCCCUUUCCAGCCAAGGAGCAGCCACACCACUGUCAACUACAGAAACAAGGUUUCCCCUGUCUCCUCAAACAGAGAAAGAAAGUGAAGGAUUCCAAAGUCUGGAGUCCUUGACUGGAAGGGCCUCUCCCCUCUGCCCCACCCUUUCUGCUACCUCCCCACCAGUCUCCACUGUCUCAGCUCCUGCCUCCAUAUCCCCCCCAGUCACCACAACCCAUGCUCCCCUCACCACUGCCUCUGAAAGCAUCUCUGCACCAGCCUCCAUUCUGCAAGCCUCUGUCCCUGUCACUGCUUCAGGUGGUCUCGAACUGACAGUCCUCCCCUCAGCUUCUGCUGACCACAUUUCCAGGGCUCCAUCAUCCAUAGUAAUACCUGCUGCUUCUAACCUCCCCACCUUGUCCACUGCUCCUUCUGUUGUGUCUCACGCACCCACCGCCUUUCUUCCUGACAUCCUCACUUCUCCUGGAACCAGUGGUUGUUCCACUGGGGGUCAAAUUAUAGGGGAUGCAGUGUUAACCGCUCCAAGGUCAUGUGUGUCCGCAGUGGACCAGUCCUCAACCUCUUUUAAUUCCCCCCCUCCUGCUACUGCACUGACCUCUUCAGCAGGAAGCCAAGCUGGCACGGAGCAACAGCAGACACUUGCCCAGGUGGCCAAACCAGUCCCACAACAACCUCAACAACCACAGCUACUGUUGCAGCAGCAGAUACCAGUAGUUCCACAGCAACUUCAGACAAUGCCGCUUGAACUGCAGGCACAGCAGAUACAGCGUGCAACACCACAACAGCAAACACAACAUCAAGAACAAAUUCAGCUGCAGCAGUCUCUCCAGCACUUGCAGCAACAGCAGCUCAUACAGAAACAUAUCCCACUUCAACAACAGGUGACUGAGAUACAGGGGUUGCCUCAGCCAGGUCACCCAGAGGUGUUACACCAGUCUGUCCCUCUGCAGCAGUUUCUGCCCCCAGGGCCCCAACAGCAGACCCAACAGCCCCUUUUUCAACAGCAAACCGCACAGUGUGCUCCACAGCUGCUGCAGCAGCCUCAGUUACAGCAGCUACCUCAGCAGAUCAUGGCACCACUUGCUGCUGCAGUGCCGCAACAGCAGGCCCACAUUGAUCACCUGCAGCAGCAACAGUUAAACCUGCAACAGACAAUACAAUUACAGCAACAGCAGUUACAGCAGCAUCAGCUGUUUAUGGGUGCUGUGGCUUUAAAGUCAGAUCAAGACCAAAUGUUGCCCCUGUCAGUAAGUCAACAGUUUCUUCAACAACAGGCGCCACUAAAUGUUGGCUUUGUACCGCAACAGCAGAUUCCACAGCAAACCCAAAUCUCUGCUGAGCUGGCACAACAAAGUAUUCAGUCACAGACACAGCCAAAACAUGUUGAGCAACAACAGGAUGUUAAAGCUGUGGACACACCCCAGAAACAGCAGCAGUUUCCUCUGCAGAAGCAGACGUCUUUACAGAUGUCAGAGUCAGAGAUGUCCACGGGGGAGACGAGUGUCACAGAGGACACAGGCAGCUACUCUGCCCAUUUCCACCCUUCCUCUGACUCGUCUCUGCCGCCUCUCCAUCUGGGCAGUGCUGAAGCCUCCUUGCCUGCUCUCUCCCUAACAAUGACACCAUCCCCUGCUCAGCCCUCCUCUGUGGCUGAGUCAGACAGUGAAGGCCCGCCCAAAAUAGAAUUUGUAGAUAACCGCAUAAAGACUCUGGAUGAAAAGCUGAGGAACCUGUUGUAUCAGGAGUACAGCAGCGGGGCAGUGUUGACCGGAGGAGUUGCCUCCGGCCCAACAUCAGCUGCCUCCACAUCAGCAGGAGGAGACGAGUCAUCUGAGCCCCAGUCACUCCACCACUUGUCUUUUCCCCCACCUGACUCCUCUUCAGAUACUUCCCCACACUCCUCAUCCUCCACUACCUCUUCCACCACCUCCCGCUCCUCCUCCACCUCCCCUGACCCAGAGAGGGAUGGGGGGCAAGACGACGCUGCCACAGAAGUGCCCAAGUCUGCUGGGCCGUGGGCGGUGGAGCAGCAGCCCGGGCCAUGUCUCCCCUCCACCUCUGCGUCAUCGACCCCACCUACCUCUCUUCUGCCUCCCAAUCAGGAUGACUCCGCUGGGCCCCAGCGCCCGCCUGUACCAGGAGAACCAACCAUUCUUGCUGUACCCCCACAAUCUGAUACCAGUACGACUGGAGACGCAUCGUGGCCUCCCAAUCAGCAGCCGAUCCCCCUCCGGCAUGGACAGCAGCAGCACAAUGCAGGAGGUGGAUAUUUUGGCCUAAACCUGACAUGUCCUAGUAUCAGAAAUCCUGUUAGCAAGAAAUCCUGGACUCGCAAAUUCAAAAACUGGGCGUGCAAACUGCGCCACUCCGCCAGCUUGUUCAAGAAGCCCAGAGUCCAGCAAGAAGGCCGUUCUACCCGUCAAGCACUUCGAGAGGAGAAGGAGGCACCAGCCAUGAAUUCACCUCAGUCACGCAAAGGACGAUUUCAGGUGACUCCAGUGCUCCAGACCUCUCCCCCUAAGGAGGUGCCAUCGGGUCAUGGUAGCACUCACAGGAAAGUGGGACGCUUCUCUGUAACCCAGACUGAGACUAAGAAAGAGGAUGUGCAGACUGUUAGCUCCCCGCUGUCUUCACACAUGGAGAGGGAGAGGAAGAGAUCUCGGGCAAAGGAAGGAGAGAAAGAUGAAAAUAAGAAGACCCCAGCGAUGGCCCAUCCGCCUCGGGGUCAUGGACACAGCCACUCACCGCUGGGCAGCAGCGAUGAUGAGGAUGAGAGUGAGCUGGAGGAGGAAGACCUGAGAAAAGAGCUACACAAGCUCAGAGAGAAGCACAUCAAAGAAGUGGUUUCCCUUCAAACUCAGCAGAACAGAGAGUUGCAGGACCUUUACAAACAUCUUCGUUCAUUCAAAGACCAACGGCAGAGUCUGCCUGCCUCCCUUUGCCGAACCCCUUCUCUUCCCACGGUGGCUCCUCUCCUCUCUCCUCGCAGGCCCAGGCCAGGCAAAAUCAAACUCCGGCCCCGGCCUCACUCUCACAUGGAUAACAACGGAGUUACGCACUCUGGGAUUCAGCAGUCAAGUAGUUUCUCAGGUGGCGAACAGAAUAGACUGCCCCUAUACUGCAACCCCGAGCAGCCCCCAUCACUGCCUGUUAAAAGAGAUCAGAGUCCUCUGAGAAAAAGCACAUUCACAGAUGAACUGCACAAACUUGUUGAUAAUUGGACGAAGGAGACGGUGGGCGCCAUCCCACCAAAACCUUCCCUGAAUCAGAUCAAGCAGAUUCAGCAGGUGCAGGAGUUGGGAGGCUGGAGCCAGUCGACUGAGGUGGCUCCACCGGGUUGGUUUCCUGUGGCACCUCUGAACCCCCAGGCAUCCCCGACCCCCGCCAGCUUGCCUGUGGCGGCCCCUUCCCAUUACACAGGUGGAGGGAGCCUGUCCACCCUGCCCUCACCAGGACCUCCGCCACAAACGCACGUGGCUCAUGCGCCCCAGAUGCAGCCAAGUUUACACCUGCAUCAGUCUCUCCCCCUCCAGCAGAUGACCUAUCAGCCGUCACCGGUUCGCCAGCAGAUACCGCAGCCCCGGAUGCAAACUCCCGUGCAGUCUCAGUCUUUACCACAGACGCAGCCCAUUACCCAGCUGCCCAACUCACCACCUCAAAGCCAGCCACUGCUGCCUUCUCCAAUGCCCACAUCUCCAGUGUCCACGGCCGUAUCUCUGCUGCCCGGCAGUGGGACCACUGCACCCACAGAUAGUACUGCUGCUACUGGGGGGACAUUUUGCUCCUGCUCCUCAUCCUCUUCCACCUGUUCCUCCUCUUGCUCUACUGCUGCUCUACCUUCCAGUGCCAAAAUUCACCCAACACCCCCAACCUCGACUCUUCCUCUGGGACAGAAAUGAAACCAAGGUGAAGUGUGAGGUCAAUAUGAAGGUGCAAGAGAUUGAAGUACGAAGUUGGUCAGGAUGUAAACAGAUCCACGUGGAGUGUUACUUCUGUGUAUACAUGAGCGAGGUGUGACUGCAAUGAAUUUAUGGAUACCAGUGUAUGUGAGGGAUGAUAGAUUCUAGUAUGUACAAAACAGACGGUAAUGAGGGGAACACAGAAGCUGGGGUUUAUGGUUCACGGUAUGUUUGGGUGUUGAGAUGUAAAAAUUCUUUAAUGUAUGAGUGUGUGCUUUUAUGAGUGUGGGUGAGUGUAUGUGGAUUAUCUAAGUACAUAUCCCUGAUGUCCUUUGGCAUAAAUUAUGUUCAUUUUUUUGUUUUAAAACCAACUCAGUUGGACCUGAAUUCUCCCGGAGCAGAGACAAGAGGGUCAAGCUGUUUGACAGUGUGUUGACAUUCAUUGUUUUUCUUAUCAAUGCUUACAGUAAAAGGACUAUCAAUUUUAAAAGUGCAAUUAGUAAUGGUCAUCGAAAUUGAUCAGCAUGUGUUGUAUUGAUUUGUCUGUAAGGCAUAAAAUAUUUUUGUAAAAGCACAUUAAAGAAGAGCAGACGCAUAGAGCAUUUUUCCAUGAUCUUUACAUGAUCUUUUAAAACUUUAGGCCUUGAGCACAAGGUGUUUAAAUGGGCAACAAACGACUAAACUAAACAGCAGCAUGUUACACAAAAGAGCACGGUUAAGUUAUCUGGCUACCAUCGUUACCACAAUACGACCAAAUACAUUGUGACAGUGUUGUGCACUGUACAGCAUGUGCUUAUCUUUGUGUUUGUAACAUAGAUGCAGACUGAAUAACCGUGAGUGAUAUGAUAUAAAGUCUGAUUGAUUCUUAAUAUGAUGGCAAUUUGAAAUUGAAAGACUACAUGACCUUAUGACUAACUUGACUUGCCUAAGUGCAAACUGCUUGCACUUGCUAUAUUCAUGAAUCUCACAUUUACUGUUUGCAGCCCACUGAGAAAAAUAAUCAGUCAUGAGUAAACUUGCAUUCAGGAUGACCUGCUUUCACAUUUGACUUUCUAGUUUUCAGUUGUGGCUCCACAUAUCACAGUAUAUCACAUUGUCAUUCUGAGGUAGAGAACUAAAAAAAGAGAGAACUGCCACGUUAAUAAAGACUGGGGAGACCAUGUGGGUUAUUCCCAUACUGCCUUUUAAAAUGACUGCAUUUUUGUGAGUGUGUGAGUGUUUAUUUGUUGUGUGACAAAGCUUUGUGGUAGUCUCAUGGUACAUUGCAAUAUAGACUGCACCCCUGUUACUUUUAUUCAAAGCGGCCUCUCAAAUGUCCCCGUACCCAAAUGAAGAUGUUUACUUUGCCUAUGUCUUGGGCUUGUUUCCUCAACAAACAAAACAAGUGAGACUUUAGACCAUUUGCCAGUUGUAAGCUUAAUGUCCAACACUGUUGUGGGAUCCUCACUUGCCUAUUUGUCAACUUUGUUUGGCGUCGUACAUUUUCCUUAUUUCAAUUGUAAACUACCUUCAAAACUAGUCUUCAACCACAUCUGUCAGAAGUGCAACUGCGGGCCAUAAUUGUGCUUUACGCACUGCAGAAGGUUUACUCAAGUCAAAAUGUUCCAUUCCUCUAUUUCCAAACUCAAUUCAUUUGUAGCCGCAGGAAUAAACAGAGUAAUAUAUCAGGAGCGGAUAUAUUUCUGUACAUUUUAUUGGGUUAUCAGUGUGCUUAGCCAUUCACACAUGACCAUUGAUAGUCAGCCAUUAAUAUUUUUUUGGCUUAAUAAGUAGCCUGUAGUCAAAGUAGCAUUUCUGUUUUAUUAAUGAUAGCGAGAUCGUGUGCCACAGAAACAGGACAUUGUACAGGUUGUAAAAGACUGCUACAUGUGAGUCAAAGAAAUUAAAAACAUGGAUGGUUAAGGACUACUCUAUGCUGAAGGGUACGGUUGUUCAGAAACUGCAAUUGCAUUAUCUAGAGUUUAACAAUGGUUUUCUGUAUUUGUCGCUUUCCAAGACAACCCACAUUUUCACAGCGAUGUAGUCCAUUAUUAGUGAAGGUGAGAUACUGUGCUGUCAUGUCUGAUACUAACAUGUUGACCGCAAGCUACAGCUCAACGAUCAUGACUUAUGAUGUGGAGCUGGCUUUGUCCUUGAAGUGUUACCAAAAUGUUAUCUAAAAGAUAAAGAUUAUUUUUGUAUUUUGAACUGGGGUUGUACAAAUUGUAAAACUGUAGAAAACACUGGUUUUCAUCGCUGUUUACAUGGGACUCCCCUUCCUUUGAUAUACCUCUCUGACAGGCCAGGGUCAUUAAGGUCAUAUUCAGAGAAUUUUGGUCCAUUUUUAACUUCUUAUUUUAGUUUUGAACCAUUGAAACCUGGAGGAUACACAGCAGAAUGACAUGAGCUACUUGGAUUUAGGUUAAAUAUAAAAUAAACUCCAAAUUAAUGCAACAAACACCUGGGGAGUCCCAAAUGGCAUGACUGAGAACCAAUCAUUAAAACCUUUUUGGGCAAAGAAACCUAGAAAAUAAAGUAAGUUUCUGGUGAUUUAGCCUCUGUAAAUUGUAACUAAUUCAACUGUUGAUUUUAUUUAUGUUUUGUAACUAAUCAAAAUAAAUGAUGUCAAACAUCAAA